AUGGAGUUUCUCGGAACCUCUCAGACCGCCAGUUACUGUGGCCCCAGGAAGGGCGGUGGCUUGGCGGCGCUGCCCCCCGCUGCGCAGAGUCCGGUGAUCCACGAGUGCUACCAGCCCUACCACCUGCCCGGGUACCGCUACCUCAACUCCUGGAGACCCAGCCUCUUCUACAAGAUCUCCACCGCCCAGACCUGCCCUGAUGAGUGUCGCAGCAGCCCGCUGCGCCCGCCCACCAUCCUGCCCGCGCUCCGCUCCGCGCUCUUCUGUCGCUACAGCACCCACGACUGGGACCAGUCCAACCAGCUGCAGCUGCGCGGUGCCGAGGCCUCGCGGCUGUGGGCCGGCCGGCUGACCGGCGACUCCAUGAGGCUCAUGCAGGACAAGGACCAGCUGACGCGCCAGAUGCAGGAGGGGACGUCCCGGAACCUAGGCCAGAGACUGACGGACAUCGGCUUCUGGAAGUCCGAGUUAUGCUACGAGCACGACAGGCUUCUGACGGAGAACCGCAGCAUGGAGACUGUCAAGAGGCGGCUGGAGUGUGGGGCCCAGGAGCUGGACUGUCCUCUGCAGGUGGCCCUGGAGUGUCUGUACCAUCGAGAGAAAAGGAUCGGGAUCGAUUUGGUCCAUGACAGUGUGGAGAAAAACCUUAUUCGGGAAGUAGAUUUGCUAAAAUGUUGCCAAGAACGGAUGAGACAAUUAGCUCAACGCAUUGACAUCCAGAUGCGGGAUAACCGAGAUGCUCAGCACGCCCUAGAGAGGGACCUUGAGGACAAAAAUUCCGCUGAGUGUAUUGACGAGCAGUGCUUUAACCUGAGGAACACGUCAGACUGCAUCUCCUUCUUCCAUGGCGUGGAGAAAUGCGACGGCACGGUUUCCGUGCCCGAGACCUGGGCCAAGUUCAGCAACGACAACAUCAGGCACUCUCAGAACAUGCGGGCCAACUCCAUCCGGCUGCGGGAGGAGGCCGAGCACCUCUUCGAGAACCUGUCGGACCAGCUGUGGAAGCAGUUCACGGACACCAACCUGGCCUUCAACGCCCGCAUCUCCGAGGAGACGGACGUGAAGAACAAGCUGCAGACGCAGCUGGCGAAGACGCUGCAGGAGAUCUUCCAGGCUGAGAACACCAUCAUGCUGCUGGAGAGGGCCAUCGUGGCCAAGGAGUGCCCGCUGAAGGUGGCACAGACCAGGCUGGCGUGCCGCACGCGGCGGCCCAACGUGGAGCUGUGCAGGGACAUCCCACAAUUCAAGCUGGUGAACGAGGUGUUCACCAUUGACGACACCCUGCAGACCCUGAAGCUGAGGCUGCGAGAGACCCAGGACACGAUACAGCUGCUGGUGAUGACCAAGUCAAGGCUGGAGCACGAGCUGGCCAUCAAGGCCAACACGCUCUGCAUCGACAAGGACAAGUGCAUGGCUAUGCGCAGGUCCUUCCCCAGCACGCCACGCAUGGUGGGCCACACCUGCCUGGCCCCCGUCAGCCCUUGCGCCUGCUCUGCACGGGUUUGUUAAAGGGCAUGCAAUUUGAAAAGACCCAAAAAUAAUAAAGUGUCAUUUUCUCCCCUUCCUCCUAUCAUGAAAAAAUAUAUAUAUAAAGAGUCCAAAUAAAUAUGCCCAAAUCAAAAUCCUGGGACUCAUUUCUUACUUCACGUGGCUUCAUGGGAGGCCCUGGGAGGAGACAGGGUGUGAGCAGGGUA